GAUCUAUUCAAUAUAACAACUCGUAAGCGGCUACGCCCAGAUAAUGCAUGUGAUGACUCGGAUCAAUUUCAACAAAUAAAAUCUAUUCUAAUAACAUGGAAACGGGAACAGGACCAAAUUCUCAACAAACUUGUUUCUGAUGUCACUGACCUUAAGCGCCAAAAUACAUUAAUUCAAAAGUCUAACGCUGAAAUUGAAAAGUCAUUGGAGUUUGUAAACACAAGCUUUGAAGACAUGAGAAAUCAAAUACACGACAUGGAAGACCAACGCAAAUUUUUACAGGAACGGAUAGUGGACCGGGAAAAUCAAUUGGCGGACGUUAAACUCUCUUCACGCUCCUCAAGCAUUGAAAUAAGAAACGUUCCUAUGAAAGACAAGGAAACAGUUGCAGACUUAACGAAUAUCGUCGCCAAAAUUGGAUCGGUGGCUCAGCUCACCUUGACUUCAUCAAUGAUUCGUGACAUACGCCGCCUUCCUGGGAAACCAGAUGCAAAUAGAACAAUAUUUGCUGAAUUUUCAUCAGUUCAGACCAAAAACGAUCUUGUUUCGUCUCUUCGAUCCUACAACAAGAACCGGAAGGCCGAAGAUAAGUUGAACUCUGAAACUCUUGGUUUACCCGGAAAGCGCCAACCCGUUUAUAUUGCUGAGUACCUCACUCCGACGAUUAGAAAACUUUUUCACUUAACUCGUAAUUUUGCUAAAAACAAUAAUUACAUGUACUGCUGGACAUCAAAUAGUAAGGUGUUUAUACGGAAGGACACUACUUCAAAACAAAUAUUAGUCAAUUCCAUGCAACAAUUGUUGGGUCUUAAAGCCCUACCAUGACUAGGUAAAUUUGUUUCACACCAAUGCUAUUAUUUAAUCAUUAUUUUUAUAUACUUCUACUGUUAUUUUUUCAUCAUACAUACUAGUUUAAAAAUGUUUAGUAAGAUCAUUUAUCUACCACACUUCACACACGAGUACACAUCAAUUCUUAUUUACAUACACAUUACCAUUAACUUCCAUAUACACGUAUGUUAUAUUAUUUUAUUAGUUUGGAUUUGGUCGUUCGUGACAGAUUUUGCAACAUCUCACAUUUGCCUUUUACUAAAAUUGACCUGCCUAUAUAAAAAUGAUUGAAUCAAAUUACAUAUCGAAUCAGUUAGAUUCCGUUGAAAUAUCCAACGCCAACAAGUGUUUACCAAACAAAUGUGAUAUAUUCAUUAAAAACAAUUAUACAGGUCUAAAAGUUUUCCAUAUGAAUAUUCGCAGUAUAAAUAGGCAUUUCGAUGAAAUGGUUGUUCUUCUAUCAGAAAUUCGUUUUCAAUGUGAUAUCCUAGUUUUAUCCGAGUGCUGGUUAAGUAAAGUGGUUGGACUACCUGUGUUGAAUGGAUAUACCUCAUACUUUACUAAAAAUCAUAAAAAUCAAAAUGACGGUGUCGUCUUAUACAUUAAAUCUAACAUUGCUUGUUCAGUUACUGAACCUCCAUUUAGCGAUGGAAAUUGCCUAAUCUGUAAGAUUGGCGAUACUACUUCUAUUGUUGCCAUAUAUCGUUCCCCUUCUUACAAAAGUCUCGACAAUUUCUUCAAUAGUUUUAACCUUAUCCUUUCUACUGUCUCUUGUUCUCGAACAACUAUUGAUGUAGGAGAUUUUAACAUUGAUAUAAAACCAGGCAACAAUGACUCUCACUCUGGGGAAUAUCUUACCAUUGCUGCAAUGCAUGGUCUCUUUCCAACACAUACGCUCCCAACACGUCUUACCAACUGUCUGGAUCAUAUAUUACUGAAAACAAAUUUCUCUACUACUACUUUAAUUUUGGAAACCCACAUAACUGAUCAUGAGCCACUUCUUUUAUUUGUAGAUAAAAAUAGACCAAAACUAAAACCACCUCACACGUUCACUAAGAUUAACUACGAUCAGAUCGCAAUUGACAUAACUAACAAGGAUUGGACUGACGUGAUGGCUGCCUCGGAUGCCAACCUAGCAGUAAAUUUACUAGUUUCCUCCUUGUCAUCAAUUAUUAAGGUUAACACUUGUAAAUGUAACAUAUCAAAUAAGACACGAAAUCUGAAACCCUGGAUUACGCCAGGUAUGAUUCGAUGUAUCCGACAUCGUGAUCGACUACAUAAAAAACAUAAAAUGAACCCAGACAACCUGACGCUUCAACAUAUAUAUAAGAGAUAUCGUAAUUAUUGUAACUCCCUUCUUCGUAAACUUAAAAAUGCCUUUGAAAAAUCGGAGUUCGAAAAAUCUAAACGUGAUCCAAAAGCAAUCUGGAACUUAAUUAAUAACAUAACUUGUAUCAAACCGAAACCUCUUCCCCCUAUGGAGCUUAUUAAUCCUGUCAAUCCUCUAGACUCAGUUGACAGGGUGAAUUGCUUUUUUGCUAACAUUGGUAGAAAAUUAUCUGAAAAUGCAAUAAUUUGUCGCCCAACGACUCGAAGUUAUAACUCUUCUAUCCCAUCUUCUUGCCUACAGCGUGACUCUAUGGUUCUAUUGGAAACUAACCUGGUUGAGGUGGAUAACCUAAUAAAAAAUUUAAAAGUCGACUGCGCGACUGGUUGGGAUGGUCUUUCUGCCAAAGUAAUUAAACUUGCUCGGCCCACACUUGCUCCUUUAAUAACACACAUCUGCAAUUUGGCAAUUUCUACAGGUGUAUUCCCACUAUGUUUAAAAAGGCAGUAGUCCACCCUGUAUUCAAGUCGGGUGACAGAGGCAGUGUCAAUAACUACAGGCCUAUAUCAGUCCUCCCUGUUCUUUCUAAAAAUACUAGAAAAAGUUCUAAACUCUAGGCUACAAAAAUAUUUAUCAUCAAAGAAUAUUUUAUCACAAAACCAAUAUGGUUUUCGUCCAGGACUCUCUACGGAGGAUGCAGUUUUAUCUCUUACUGAUCAUGUUGUUAGAACUCUUGACAGAAAGUGUAAGUGUCUAGGACUCUUCCUAGAUCUUGCCAAGGCGUUUGACACUGUCUCUGUUACCAAACUUAUACAUAAAAUGGACAAUAUAGGAAUUAGAGGACCGCCAUUCAAAAUCUUCUCUGAUUAUCUAAAAAACAGAUCACAAAUAGUGAAAAUUGAUAAUUACUUGAGUUGUGAGGAGAGUAUUACCUGCGGUGUCCCCCAGGGGGAGUGUUUUAGGGCCUACACUAUUCCUCAUCUUUAUCAAUGAUCUUUGUGAUAUCCAACUUCCUAAUUGCAAAAUAUAUACUUAUGCAGAUGACACCGCACUUAUCAUAGAUGGAGAGACCUGGUCCCAUGCAAAGGAACUUGCCGAAUCUGCUCUCCAAUCAAUAUUGGAUUGGUUAUCUAAAAAUGAUCUUACAUUAAAUGUUGCAAAGACUCAAUUCAUCCCUUUCUCUAUUAAGUCGAACUUUCUCCCACCUACUAGUUUUAAUAUAACAGCUCAUUCCUGUGAUCUAUGUUGUACCAGCAAUUGCAGCUGUCCAGACUUAGUCAGAGUAUCCUGUGUCAAAUAUCUGGGCCUACAACUUGAUCAGUGUUUACGCUGGCAUGAACAUAUAUUUACACUCACCGCAAAGGUUAGAAGGCUCAUAUUUUUAUUUAAAAACUUCGUCACUCUGCAGAUUCUUACACAAUCAAAAUGAUUUACUUUGCACUGUGCCAAUCUUUACUUGGUUACUGCAUUCCUGUCUGGGGUGGAUCUGCGAAGUCCCCUCUGAUGCAAUUAGAAAUCGCUCAAAAAGCUGUCCUAAAGGUUAUGACUAAUAAACCCUUUAGAUAUCCUUCCGCCAAACUUUACGCAGAAUGUCAAGUUCUCUCUGUGCGACAACUCUUUGUACAGCAAACUAUUCUCCGCAAACAUACAGGAAGACCACACGAAGAACCAGAGGGUAGGCGUAAAUUUAACAUAUUCACUGUGGUAGGAACCCGAACCAAAUUUACUGACAGGCAUUAUUUAAUUUUAGGAGCCAGAAUAUAUAAUAAAGUAAAUUCCAUUCUAAAAAUUUUUCAUAUGACUAAAAGAACUUGUAAAUUGACUAUUAAUAAAUGGCUUUUAUCCCUGUCUUACUGCCAAACUGAGGCUCUUCUAGGUAGUACUAAUGUCGGUUAGUUAAUGGAAAGGAUUGAAUGCCCUCACACAUACACACACACUCACAUACACACACACUCUUACUCACAAUUUCACAUCCAUACAAACAAAAAUUUUAUUUAGAUUCAUACCCUUAUACACCCACGACAGCAUACAUACAUACAUACGUCCAAUUUAGUAUAAUUUAAGUUUAAUAUUUUCUCGAUUUUUGUAUUAUAUGUUACAGUUAGCAUGGUUAUAUCAUUAUGUUUUGUAUUUUUUUUUUUUUUUGCUUGAGGUUUCACUGAUACCUGUAACACAGGUUCUCCUAGCAUAGGUAUCAGCAGAUCAUUUUCUUAUUGUGACAAAUGUAAUGCAAUUAACUACUCUGUAACAUUUGUACACCAAUUGAAUUUUGUAACAUUUGUCUGUUUUUAAUACAAAUAAAUUUAUUAUUA